UCCACUAAACCCUAUUCGUAUCAUAUUUAUCAAGAACAAAAGUAAAAUCCAGCCUCGCAUUGUAACAUCAAAUCCACAUAACAACAUUCAUACACAAACUUAUAUGCCCACAAAAAAACCAAUGGCCAUCUUCGAUCCGUUUAAGCUCCGCCAAAAACCACCGUCAAUCUUCCCGACAGCUGUUAAAACAGGUCAUGUUUUUUCCGUCGUCGCCAAGUUCUUUUUCACCAUAUGCAUCUUAAUCUCUGUUGCCAUGAUCUUCACAUACAUUAUCUUCUCCGGUUGCUCCGAUUACCAAAGUUUUGCCGACUACCGCCGCUUCGGCCGUGACACUGUGAUCCCAACCACCAAUUCCUCGGACACCGUCCGGAAAAAUCAGUCCUCAGAAGCUACCGAUAUCUCCCACAUAUUUUUCGGGAUUGGUGGCUCCAUUCAAACGUGGAGAGAACGCAGCCGCUACACCGAACUCUGGUGGCGACCAAACAAUACCCGCGGGUUCGUCUGGCUUGACGAGGAACCGCCUCUUAACAUGACGUGGCUCCCCACUUAUCCACCGUACAAAGUUUCGGCGGACACCUCCCGUUUCAAUUACACUUGCUGGUAUGGUACAAGAUCAGCUAUACGAAUGGCGAGAAUCAUCAAAGAGAGUUUUGAACUAGGGCUAACGAACGUGAGAUGGUUCGUGAUGGGUGAUGACGACACCGUUUUCUUUGUAGACAAUCUUAUAACAGUUCUCAGUAAGUACGACCACAAUCAAAUGUACUACAUCGGAGGAAACUCGGAAAGUGUUGAACAAGCCAUCGUCCACUCCUACGCCAUGGCUUACGGUGGUGGGGGGAUUGCAAUUAGCUACCCAUUGGCUGUCGAGCUUGUAAAGAUACUUGACGGAUGCAUUGAUCGGUACGCAUCGUUAUAUGGAUCUGACCAGAAGAUUGAAGCUUGUAUUAGUGAGAUUGGUGUUCCAUUGACCAAGGAACCAGGGUUUCAUCAGGUUGACAUACGUGGCAAUCCGUACGGUAUACUGGCUGCGCAUCCAGUGGCUCCUCUCGUAUCGCUCCACCACCUCGACUACGUUGACCCAAUUUUUCCAGCGACGACACAAAUCGACGCCCUAAGAAGACUCAUAUCCGCCUACAAAACGGAUCCAAGUCGGAUCCUCCAGCACAGCUUCUGCUAUGACACAAUCAGGAAUUGGUCUGUCUCCGUCUCUUGGGGCUACACUAUUCAGAUUUAUCCGUCUCUAGUCACGGCUAGGGAGCUUGAGACACCGUUCCUUACGUUCAAGUCGUGGCGGACGUCGAGUACCGAGCCUUUCACGUUCGAUACACGACCCAUCAGCGAAGAUCCUUGUGAGAGGCCCAUUGUUUAUUUCCUGGACCGGGUAUACGAGGUAGGUUCGAAACAGACUCUUACGACUUAUCGUAAGCAUGUUGAAGUGAGCGACGCGCAAUGUGAAUCUCGUGAGUAUUCUCGCGUCAGUUCUGUCGAGUUCAUCGACAUCUCUCUUGCUAAAUGGAUGCCUGCUCUCUGGAAAAUGGCACCACGUAGGCAAUCUUGUGAAAUUAUCAACGGUAAAGAUGACUCGGAAUACGUAAUCAAUGUCAAGAUACGGCAUUUUAACCCAUUCGAAAGUGUAACUCCUCAGUCGCAUCGGAGCGAAAUGAUCAAAAGGUUUUGAUGUUUGACAAAACGGGUAGAGUUUAUCGCCUCGUCUACAAGAUGAAUUGAGCGACAGUUUUCUCAAAUUUUAUGUAAAUAUCUUCUAACCGACGAUCCGAACUUGGAUAAAGUCAAAUGUACACGGAUUACUAGUUUUUAGCAUUUAAUCUUGAACAUAACUAUCUAGUUAUGAACGCAGGGUUUGGCAGAAUGUAUUUAUUUAUAGCACAUUUAUAUACGCAGUACUAUU